UGCAUUAAUUCCACCAUUAUAAAGCCAUGAGCAUCCCGGCAUUGUUUGCCAGACUGAUGCUGUGCAUUGCCGAGUAAGAGAGAGAGACAGGGAGAGAGAGAGAGAGAGCGAGGGGGAGAGAGAGAGGGAGCGAGUGCUCCACGCAAGCGCGUAAAAAAGGAGAUUUUUUUUGGUGGGUGUCUAUUUCACAUAUGAGGCCAAACUGAUGUGACUUUUUUGAAGGCCCUGUCGGUCCGGUGCAUGGAGCAGAUAUUGCGGAUCAUGAUCAGCAUUGACAAACGGGCCACAGAGGACAGACCGAACCUUGCUUUGGCUGCAAACAGCGCGCAAUUUUGACGCUAUCGCGCUGCGUGUCCGUUUGGAUCCCCCCCGCCCCCCUCAUCCACUCGUCUGAACAUUAUUAUUAUUUUUUUUAAAGUGUCACAGCUUUAAACAGAGCAGCGUGCUGUGGGGGAUGAGAGGAGGAAGAGGAGGAGGAGAGGAAGAAGGCGCUUCUGUGCAUUUUCUUUGGGGUGGAGGUGGCGGAAGGGGGGAGAGAGCCGGACGGAACCCGGGAAGGUGAGCCUCCUGAGAAAUAAUCACCUCCAUGCAGAGAAAUGGCCUAGUUACAAACACCGGCGGAUACAAAAGGGACUUUUCCACGGCUGGGAGCGCCGUCGUUGGAAGGUGGAAUUGCCUUCCUGGCUGCUUCUUUGGACCCACCAGGAGAUCCAAAGAAGAAGACAGAUGAGAGGACAUAUUCUAUCUGAGGAUGCUACCAAAACCAUCACGGCGCCGUGUCAGCCGAGGACAACGAUUAACCUGCCACCUUGCGACGGUCCUGUUCUUGCCUUCCUUCUUCUCCAUGACUGUGAAUCUGUGAUGGUCAAGCUGAUGUCCUUUUGAGAUGACAAAAGGAGCCUUUGUUUUGGACAUGUUGUUUUUUCCUCUCAAUGCUGCCAGCCACCAAGGCUUCGGUGGAAAACGCCAACGACAGAGGAAUGCUAACCCCUGUUUGCUGUGGCUCCUGGGGAUCGCCCUGCGCCUCGUCCUCUCCUCAUGUCAACGCGUUGACAGACAUCCCAUAGUGUCCACCGGCUAUGGAAAAAUCCGCGGCGUCAGGAAGGAGCUCAACAAUGAAAUCUUGGGCCCGGUGGAACAGUACUUUGGAGUGCCGUACGCCACCGCACCCGUCGGAGAGCGCCGCUUCCAGCCUCCCGAGGCUCCGGGCUCCUGGCAGGAGAUCCGCAACGCCACUCAGUUUGCACCCGUGUGUCCCCAAAACGUGCACGGGGUGUUGCCUGAGAUCAUGCUGCCGGUGUGGUUCACCGACAAUCUGGAUGCCGCCGCCACCUACGUUCAGAACCAGAGCGAAGACUGCCUUUACCUCAACAUCUACGUACCCACAGAGGAUGGUCCACUCACAAAAAAACACGAUGAAUCUACAAUGAACAGACCCAGGGAUGAAGAUAUCCGUGACCGCCGUAAGAAGCCGGUGAUGUUGUUCAUCCACGGCGGCUCCUACAUGGAGGGCUCGGGGAACAUGUUUGAUGGCAGCGUCCUUGCUGCGUAUGGAAAUGUCAUUGUGGUCACCAUGAACUAUCGACUGGGCGUGCUUGGCUUUCUGAGCACAGGGAACCAGUCUGCAAAGGGGAACUAUGGUUUGUUGGAUCAGAUCCAGGCUCUGCGCUGGCUCAAUGAAAACAUCGGCCACUUCGGAGGAGACCCGGAGAGAAUCACCAUCUUUGGCUCGGGAGCCGGUGCCACCUGUGUUAACCUUCUCAUCCUCUCUCACCACUCCGAAGGUUUGUUUCAGAGGGCCAUCGCUCAGAGCGGCACUGCCAUUGCCAGCUGGUCUGUCAACUACCAACCCGUCAUGUACACCAAGAUUCUGGCUAAGAAGGUGGGUUGCACUCUGGGGGACAUGGCCGAGUUGGUGGACUGCCUGAGAAGGAAGAGUUUCCGGGAGCUGGUGGAUCAAGACAUACAGCCCGCGCGCUACCACGUUGCAUUCGGACCCGUGGUCGACGGGGACGUGGUGCCGGACGACCCGGAGAUUCUAAUGCAGCAGGUCAGUGUUUGCAUGCCUUCUGGUAGUCCCUUCAUCUGGUACUUGAUACCUGUUAUGUUUGAACACCAGGGCGAGUUCCUGAACUACAACAUACUGCUGGGGGUUAACCAAGGAGAAGGGCUGAAGUUUGUGGACGACGUUGAAGGAGAAGAUGGGAUAUCCGCACCCUCAUUUGACUACACCAUCUCCAACUUUGUCGACAAUCUUUAUGGAUACCCUGACGGUAAAGACAUCCUGAGGGAAACCAUCAAGUUCAUGUACACAGACUGGGCUGACCGGGACAACAGCGACAUGCGCAGGAAGACCCUCUUGGCGCUCUUCACAGACCAUCAAUGGGUGGCUCCGGCCGUGGCCACCGCCAAAUUGCACGCAGAGUUCCAGUCUCCCGUCUUCUUCUACACCUUCCACCACCACUGUCAGACAGAAGCACGGCCCGAGUGGGCCGACGCGGCCCAUGGAGACGAGAUCCCUUACGUGUUUGGCAUUCCCAUGGUGGGCGCCAAUGACUUAUUUCCAUGUAACUUCUCCAAGAACGAUGUCAUGCUCAGUGCUGUGGUCAUGACGUACUGGACCAACUUCGCCAAGACGGGGGAUCCCAACCUGCCGGUUCCUCAGGACACCACGUUCAUCCACACCAAGCCAAACCGCUUUGAGGAGGUCAUCUGGACCAAAUUCAGCUCCAAAGACAAGCAGUACUUGCAUAUCGGCCUCAAGCCGCGCGUCCGAGACAACUACCGGGCCAACAAGGUAGCCUUCUGGCUGGAGCUGGUACCGCACCUCCACAGCCUCCACAGGGCGACCACCAGCUCCAUCACCACUCGACUGUCGCCCGGAGGCAGCCCCCGCGUUAAAGCCAACCCCAACACCGGCACCCACUCCACACCCCACCCUGUAAUCUCCACCUACCCACCUGAGCCGGAUGGUUCGGAGAGACCCCGGAACACUCCCUUCCCUCCCGAGACAAGGGACUACUCCACCGAGCUGAGUGUGACGGUGGCGGUGGGCGCGUCUCUCCUUUUCCUGAACGUGUUGGCCUUCGCCGCACUUUACUACAAACGAGACAAGCGCCACGAACUCAUGCAGAGGCGCCACCGCCGACUGUCGCCACAACGUGGCGCAACAAUGGGCAUGGGCGUCGGCAUCGGAGUGGUAGGGGCCCCGCCUCACAACGACCUGGCCCUAAGCCAGGAAGAGGAGCUGAUGUCGCUGCAGAUGAAGCAGCAAAGAGUGGAGCUGGAGCACGGCACACCUCUCCCUUCCCGUGGCAUCCAUGGCGACCUGGAACCCUUGCGGCCCCCGGUAUGCCCCCCUGACUACACACUGGCCCUGCGGCGGGCGCCGGAGGAUGUGCCGCUCAUGACAGCCAACACCAUCACCAUGAUCCCCAGCACCAUCAGCAGCAUGCAGCCCCUCCACCCGUUCAACACGUACCCGCCCGUCCCGGCCCCGUCCGGUACACCCGUCCCCAGCCACAGCAACAAUGCCCUGCCGCACCAACAUUCCACUACUCGUGUAUAGGAACAGGCACAAGCUCUGCAGCCCCCCUGUGGGCUCACGCCAUCACCUUCAUCAUCCACUACUCUUCUUUACCAGAUCUUUUCAUGAAGCCCUUAAAUAAAGCUGCAGUUUGUAAGAUUUUAAGAAGUAACAAAUACCUCGACAAUGUACGAUAAUGCAACAAUCAUUGGUCAAGGUUGGGUGGGCGGUGUCCGGGCGGAUUGACAAGCAUUAACAGGACCGUCGUUCAAGGACUCGGAGUCAAAAACCAAACGUGUGUCUGGAGUCUGCUUCUUCUGUAAGUGUGGAUCAGUGUGUUCCAAAGUCAAAGCUGACGCGUGAGAAUAUCUUGGUUUGUCUAAAACACGAAGAUAAUAGCUCUGCUUUCAUGGACGACUUUGGACGUUUGAGAGGCUGAAAUCAGAGGAUAUUUACAUUUUAAAGUGAUGGUUCGGAUUUUUUGACAUGAAGUUGUCCAUCAGCAGUGACUUACCCCCCACAUGGUGCCGUGAGUCCAGUUCUGGUCCGAUUUCCGCGACGGGGAACGUAGUUCCGCUUAGUUGGUGGGGCCGCUUAAGAGUCUGGCUCCUCAAAAUAAGGCCCUGUGAAAUCCGUUUUGUUUACCAAAUUCCGUUUUUUCCGUUUUAAUUUUUUUGAAUGUUGGACAAUUUUGCCCAGCAAUUGAGAAAUGGGUGUGGCUUGGCUAACUUUUCUAGUGGGAUGUCAGCCUCUGCACAUAUUGCUACAAAAUCUUCAACACACUGUAACGCCCGUUCUUGUGAUUAAGGCAGAUGCACUCACGCUUAUUUCUUUUAUUAUGACACGCUUAUUUUGUUUACACAGUUAGACAUGGGGCAAAGGGUGCUCUUAUUUUGAAGGACGGAAGUGUGUUGCUGUGUUCCGUGUGUGCAGAGAAUGUGUGUUUACGGCUAAGACGAGCUGGCUGCAAAAGUAAACGCCAUCGGGCAUUGUAAAACGCUCCUUACAUUAAAGCGGUCGAACACAACGCCCUGAAAAUACACUCAUCCAGCCCGAGUCGCACACACAACCACCCUAGCGUGCUAAACUAAGCUAACCCUUACAUUCACGCUCCGUAAGAGGAGGUUCCGCCAACUUUCGCGGGCCUUUACCGCCAUUUUAACCAGGUUUAGGUCGUGUUUGUAACGACAUUCCGCCACGAUUGAGCUCCCCCACACGAACGUUCCUUCUCCUCACGAUGACAACAUUCGUUCACAUGAUGCCAAAUUCCGCCAGAUUCCGCGUCAAGCAUUGAAUUCUGUUUUUAUUGGCCAAUUCCACGAAACGGGGGGGGUGUAAGCUCACUGGUGAUGUACUACAGUGCUGAUGGGGAUGUCAUGCAACUUCAUGGCAGAAAAAUUCCAACUAUCCCUUUAAAAUCCAACAACGAUGAAUCGAAUACCAAAGUAGUUGUCGAUUAAUUGGAUAAUUGAUUAAUCGUGGAUUAAUUGCUGCAGCUCUAAAAUGAAGUAUCUGCUGUUUCAGCAAGCCGCCAAGAAUCAUCUGCAAGAAAACAUCGUUUUGCCCAAACAGGCCGUGUUUCACGAGGCGGCGCGUUCUUGAAAUUUACAAAUCGCAGCUCUCCCAGAACCCAAUCUGGAAGCGGGAAUGGCUUGUGUGUGUCCGAGGAGACGCUGCGGGAUCGGCUUGUGUGUGUUCGGCGUGGCUUCGCUUGAGCGGGGAGCGCACGUCGACAGGGGCUGGGACUAGAAAAGCUCACGGGUGUCUCUCCGUCGUGACGGGACCUCGUUUAUUUGUCGUUUUGACGACAUUUCCAGAUUGGGGCUUGGACUUUUUGGGCUCUGGAGUGAAUGGGAUUCUCCGUUUGUUUAUUCCUCGUCACACGUGUCCUCUUUCAGUUUCUCUGCUGCCUCAUCGCAUCUGCUCCCGCUUUCAUUUCAUCCAACCAUUCACCCUAAUGCAUCUUUCCUCUUCCAUGCAACCACAUCAAGACUCUUUUUCCCUUUUGGAGUCUUUUAUACAAAAACACAAAUGUAAAUGAUGUAUUAUUAAUAAAUUGUAAGGAUAUGAAUGGGGUGGGGGGGGAGAAAAAAGAUAUUCUGAUAUCUCAUUUUUACCAGCAUUCUUGGUGCCAAGUACUGUGAUGAAGUUCCUCUGUCGCUGGCGUCCAGCGGAGCGCCCGGAGAGGUCCACGCUGACUGUAUCUUAACUAAAGGAAUUACCGUCAUAAAAGUGCCAACCUCUUCAUCUUUGUUUUUGAUACACACACUCACACUUGGGAGACAGAAGAUCACUCUCACGGUUCCACUGUGCUUAGUUUCUUUUAGAGAACACAUUCAAUGUGCAGUCGUCCCUCGCAUCGUCACCACUUUGCGGCUCCGUUGUAUCACGGUUUUUCUAAAAUAUAUGAGUUCAUAAAUUAUGUUGUUAGUAGUCUAAAAAUAUCUACGUUUUUUACAUCUUUUUGGCCGAAAUUAAGCAUUUUCAAGGCUAAAAAUGGCUAAAUGAAGUAAAAUACAGAUAUAAGUCAGAAAUCGCACUGAGACAUGUUGUGCUACGUAGUAUUCUACACUGGCCACCAGGUGUCAGUAAUGUUACCCUGAUGAGAGGAACUCCCCCAAUACUAGCAUAUGUGAGUCUAUAUUAUGUUUUAUUUUCUCUUAUUAUGUCCACUACAGUGUCUACAGCGGAACCUCGGUUUGAGUGUGUUUCGGUUAACGUCAAAAAUGUUCGGUUUGUGUGCAUUUUUGAAUGUGAGGAGCGUUUUGCUGUGCUAUUAAUACGCUGCGUGAGUCCAACUGUGUUCUUCAUGUAUGUUUGGUUUUUUUUUAUCACAAAAUGUCCCUGUUAGCAUCCUUAGCUUGCUAACAAAAUGACUGAAACCAAAAAUGUUAAACCCAAACACGCUUUUAUGGUUUGCCGUGCAUAAAACAAUUUGAAAUGCGUAUAAAUGAGGGAUGAAAGGGAUAAAUGAGCAUUUAAAGUUGCUUUUACCUUCAGUGAAGGUGUGGCAGCGAGAUCAACACCUUCCUCUUCAGUAACCACUUUCCUGUUUGGGCGUGAGCUGUUCCUUGAAUUCAGUCAUGUUUCUCAGCUUCACACUGAGGUGAGAAACUCUCAUGGCAAAGCAGGAAGGGGGUGCUGAAGAGGAAGGUGUUGAUCUCGCUGCCACAUGGUGUCUUUGGCAACAAUCACGUCUUCAGUGAAGGUAAACGGAGCAUUAAAGGUUCAUGCAUCAUUUAUAUGCAUUUGAAAUCAUUUUCUGCAUGUAAAACUAUACUUGGGAGACCAUAAAAACAUGUUUUGUUUGAACAUUUCAGGCUUUCUGGAACAGAUGAAUUGGAACUACAUUAUUUCUUAUGCCCGAAAUGAGUUUUCCCCGUAAGGUGGCUGGGCUCUCCCUUGGAGAUAAGGUGAGAAGCACUUUCAUCCGGGAGCCAGAUGAGGUGGCUCGGGCAUUUGGUCAGGAUGCCUCCCCGACGCCUCCCUGGCGAGGUGUUCAGGGCACGUCCGACAGGUAGAGGGCCUCGGGGAAGACCCAGGACACGUUGGAGAGACUAUGUCUCUCAACUGGCCUGGGAACGCCUCGGGUGAAGCUGAACGAAGUAGUAGAAGAUGGAUGGAUGGAUAUUUCUUAGGGGAAAAAUUGAUUCGGUUCGAGUCUGACCUUCUGGAGCGGAUUAAUGGCGCUAAAGCGCCCGUCGCGCUAAGCAUGAAUCAGCACGAAUCAAGCAGAACCUGCCGGAAUUAAGUUGAAGUUUCAAAAUUAGCGCCACAUUCGGGAGAGGAUUGUAAAUUUGUAAGCUUGGCUCCUUUUUUUCUUGGCGGUAUGAAGUUACGUUUGGCGCUUCAUGGUGGUGUUUCAGCAGCAGCAGGCUGCGUUGUUUUUCCAGAAUGCUGUUGGAAUACCGUAAGAACGUUUACUGUGGAAUGCAGAUGCAUAUUGAGGGUGCAGUUAGAAUACCUUUCCAAUGCCAUCCGUUAUGUUUCCACUUCAAAUCCACUUCCAAACUUUUUAGCAUUCUCAAAACAUUCAGGCCGGCCACAAAAGUGAUAUUCAGGAAAAAAACAGGAAUUUUCAUUCUGACGGCAUUCUGGCUUAUUCUACCCCUCGUGUGACUUGGGUAUAACCAAGGUUCCAGAGGGCUCUAAUAAUGUUACAAUCCUAUAUUUAGAAGGUUGUAAACAAAAUUUCUAUGUCUUAUAUGUCUUAUUUUCUUUUACUAUGUCUUCUAUAUUGGGUAAUAGGAGUAUAAAGGAGAGCGUUAAUGAUUGUUUGUCUGUAUGCGCCCCCAAGUCCCAAGUCAGCUGGGAUGGGCUCCAGCGUACCCCUGUGACCCUAGUGAGGAUAAGCAGCAUAGAAAAUCGCUGGAUGGAUGGAGUGUAAAGGUGACUAUAGGGGUGUUAUUUCAUGUCUAGAGGGCUCUAAUAAUGUUAAAACCCCAUAUUUAGAAGGUCGUAAACAAGAUUUCUGUGUGUUAUAUGACUUAUUUUCUCUUAUUAUGUCUACUAUAUUGGGUAAUAGGAGUAUAAAGGUGACUAUAGGGGUGUUAUUUCAUGUCUAGAGGGCUCUGAUGAUGUUAACAACUGAUAUUUAGAAAGUUCUAAAAAGGUUUUGUAUGGUCUAAAUAUGAAAAUAUUCCAUUUAUUAACUUUGACUCGUGUAUCAUUUAGCGCGGUCUGGUCUGGAACCAAUUGACCGCGAUAAACAAGGGAUUCCUGAAGGUCGUAAGCAGGCUUUCUAUGCCCUGACUAUGAAAAUAUUCCAUUUAUAAAGAAGGAAUCCUACUUCACGGGAGCGAUGAACCGCGAUGAACGGGGGACGACUGCAUCAUUUGAAAGAAGCUGUUGCAUGAUUUCAUUUUGUAUGAGUUUUGCCUUCUUCACACUUUUUCAAAAAUCAGCUGCACUUUGUGGUACUCGGAGAAAUAUUCAAAGUAUUUAGAAAUGACUAUUGUAUAAAAACUAUAACAAAGAGAGUAAAUAUGGCCUCUUUAUUUUUUUCAUACCCUAACACCAUGAAGACUGAUCCCCCGCCCUCCCCCAAGCCUCUUUUUUUUCUUCUUUUUUGCUGUUUCUCUGUUUUCUCUGUCAAAGAAAGCACUUUGUUACGAAACGGGAAAGCUGACACGGCAUUGGGUUUGUGUCUGUGACCAUGAAGACUGCCUAACACCCAUCUUCUCACCUCCUUUGUUGAAACGAGCGGGAGAAUGAGAUGUAUUUAUGAGGGUGAGAACGCCUUGUAACAUGCAUUUCAUAUCACUCGCACAUCGGAACACGGACACUUGUGCAGGAAACCCAGUGACAUUUGGGACUGGACUGAUGGAGUGACAUGACGGUGAAUUAGCGAUCAGUGCACAGAGGAUGCGUUCCAAAAGGAAAAGAAAAAAAAAUCUUUAAUGUCAGACAUUACUCAUAGUACAAAAUCAAGCCGAGCGGGUUCCGCUCGCUGUAAAUGUUCUGCAUCCUGUGUGUCGAGGAUUCCAGCACCAAGGAAGCCAGACUGCCGUUCCUUGCAGGACUCCGGAGGACAACACACACAAAAAAAAGAUACAAAAAAAAAGACAAGACACGGACAAAACUGUACAUUUUUUUAAGUGUAAGAGAACAAACUGGAAUUUGUAAAUAUUAUUUGUCGUUUGGUUUUGAGUGACUGGCCGGAUCUUUCUGUUUGUGACAACAGGUGCAAAGUUUGGAGGAUUUUCAUGAUUUUAGCUCUUGUGGAUGUUUAAUUUGUCGCUCCGCAGCAAAUUCCCAAGGGUUACGGGCACAUGAAUACAUCUCCAUGAAUGAGAAUAUCUUUCAAAAGUUCAUUUAUUUCACGAGUUCAAUUCCAAAAUGGAAUCGCUGCAGCAGAUCACCCGUAAAAAUUCCAUUUUUGAUACACGGCUCGCUCCAGCUCCUGCUAGCUUGACCUUGACGUUCUCAGACGAUUUUGCAGCAACAUUUUCAGUCGGAGUGACGAGAUAAACCCGUGUGAAGUGUAAGAUGUGGAGGUACUCACCGCUAAUGAAUGAGGGGUGUCCAAAGUGUGCCCCGUGGGCCGUUUGCGGCCCGCAACUUGUUUAUUAUUGGCCCGUGGCACACUGUAGAAACACAAUGAAACCCAAAAAAAGGCAGCAAACGUGUUUUCUGUAAACAUUUUUGGCUUUCUGGAACGGAUUCAUUGGAUUUACACUAUUUGUUAUGGGAUUCAGUUAGAGUUGGACCUUCUGGAACGGAAUAAUGACGCUAACCAAGGUUCCACUGUAUUAUCACGUAUUAAUAGAUCAUUACCAACUAAGGGUGAAUGAGAUGUGUUUUCAGGGGGAAAUAGGAGCAAUUAUGGAGAAAACAAAUAUUUUUGGGGAGAUUUUUUUACCAAAAAUCUGCAAAUUUGGGGGGCCGUGAAUGCUGAAUGCACAUAGAAAUAUUCCAAGAAUCCAUUUAUUUAUUUAUUAGUAAUCUAUCUGGUUAUAGCUUUAUAGGAAUUUUCUGUAAGAUUGACGAGAUAUACACAUUUAAAGUAUAAAAUGUAUCAUGAAUGAUGAUGUAGACAGUGGUGUCCAAAGUGCGCCCCGUGGGGCGUUUGCGGCCCGCAACUUGUUUAUUAUUGGCCCGUGGCACAUUGUAGAAACACAAUGAAACCCAAAAAACCCAGCAAACGUGUUUUGUGUUAACAUUUUUGGCUUUCUGGAACGGAUUCAUUGGAUUUGCGUGAUUUCUUUGGGGAUUCGGUUAAAGUACGUUUCGGUUAGAGCCGGACCUUCUGGAACAGAUUAAUGACGCUAACCAAGGUUCCACUGUAUUAUCAUGUAUUUCUAGAUUAUUACCAACAAGUGUUUUCAGUGGGGAAAAAAUACUUUGUGAGAAAAAAAAAACAUUUUUUACUUAAUUUUACCAAAAGUCCACAAAUUUGGGGGGCCGUGAAUGCUAAAUCGCGAAUAUACAGGAAUCUACUGUACACAGAGUGAAACAUUCCAAGAAUGCAUUGAUUCAUUUCUUAGUCAUGUAGCUGACUGUAGCGUCAUGGGAAGCUUUAGUACGUCAGAAUUGAACUCCUGAAAUCAAAUACCUUUUGCACGACAUUCCAUUUUACUUUUCCCAACAUAUAUGAUCAUUUGCUUUAAAAAAAAAACAAAAAAAAAAAACAGAAUUGAGGUAAACAUUAGCAAAAGGAGCUCUGGUUAGCUUUGUGCUUAUAAAAUCGCACGUGACGGUCUAAGGAGUAACAUGUAACUAUCCCAUCAGUCAUGAAAGGUAGCUUGGGAAUAAAACGAGUGCUUUCAUUGGUUCUAAAGCCAAAGAACAGCUGCAGAGAACAGAUGAAGGAAAUGGGAAACGAGUCAGAAAAAGAAGAGAUAAGGAGGAUAUUUGAAAUGGGCUCCAAACAAACCGUGAAUCAUGGAAUAUUACCUGUGCUGCUGUCGGGUUUAAUUGUGAGUGUCUCACAUUGUCUUUGAACGAACGGUCAUACAGUAUCAGCCGUCAUCGGGAGGUUGUAAAAUCUUUUGUGCCCUCUUGCUCGUAUUUCAGGCUCGCUUUAUGGUGACUGAUUUGCUUAUCUUUUGCAAUUUUGUCUGCACAAUGUCAAUAUGGUCUGUUUGCCAGGAGUUUGCGUUAAAAAAAGCAACACACGCACACACUCACACAAGGGCAGGAUAUGUAAGGUCUCGGAAAGCCAACGGGAAAUGGAAGCACACUCACCAAGUUUACAUGUUUACACUAUACAGUUGAUGUUGGCAUUUGGAAAGGAGACACAAAAAGGCAUUCAAAUGGUGGCAGUUUAUUCUUAGUAGCCUGGACUGGUGAAAAAAAGACAAAAAAAACAAAAAAGAGGGCUUGCACCUGUUUGUCUCGUUCAUUUAGUCUUAUUCAGUAACCUGCUUGAAGCUCCAGAUACUGUGAGACAGCAUCAUGACCACACAGGGGUUGAAAGAAUCAAAGUUAAUAUUUCUAUUUCAAAUAGAGGCUAUUUACACACUGUAUGUUGUGUAUCUGAACUGGAAAACAUUAAAAACAAACAUUGUUAAACUAAUUUUUUUGCCGUUGUGUUUAUUUUACGCACACACGCGCGCAGAUUCAGUGUGUAGAUGAGCAUGUUCCCAGGGCGCGUUCCCAGGGCCACGUUCCGUGCCUCCAUUGUCGAGUAUGUGAGGUGGUCAGUGCCCGUCAUGUAGGGAAUCCCACAACAUCAGCAGUGAGGGACGCCGUCAAGUUGAAAAAGGAGUCCUAUCGGGGCUUUUAGGGCCAUGGGACUCUGGAAGUCUUGUUCACGAGUGAGGGAAGAAUGGAACGCAAGAUCGACAAGCGGAUUCUGCAUCCGUUCUCGUGGCAAAGAGGGAGCUGAGCUGAAAGGCAAAGCUCUCAACUUACCAGUUGAUCUACGUUCCCACCCUCACCUACAGUCAUGAGCUUUGGGUAGUGACCAAAAGGACAAGAUCGCAGGUACAAGCGACCAAAAUGAGUUUCCACCGUAGGGUGGCUGGGCUCUCGCUUAGAGAUAAAGUGAGAAGAAUUUGGAGUACAGUUGUUGCUUCUGAGCAUUGAGAGGAUCCAGAUGAGGUGGCUUGGGCAUCUGGUCAGUAGGAGGCCUCGGGGAAGACCCAGGACACGUUGGAGAGACAAUGUCUCUCAACAGGCCUGGGUAUGCGUCCGGAUCCACCAGGAAGGAAGAGGGAACCUAGGGAUUCUCGUCUUGGGCUGCUGCCCCCUGACCUCGGUUAAGCAAAAGAUGGAUGGAUGGACUCUGGAGGCAGGUCCAGCAGGCCAUGUAGUUUGCAGCUUUGGAAGUUGCUGAAGCAAAAACUUGGACAUGGGAGAAGUCUGGGGACAUAUAUCACUCUAUAUCACACAUCACUCUGUGUGUACUGAAUCUAAGGAAUAUAAGAGUUUCACUUUUUGAAUUGAACUACUGAUAUAAUUGAACUCUUCGAACAUAAUCUAUAGAAUAAUCCAUCUGUAUUUUUUCAUCUUGCUGUAAAAUGAGAGUUAAAUUACACCUGGUUUUUCACAAUACUAAGGAAACGUUUUUUAAAUAUUUAAAUCUGGAUUUUUGUCUCCAUUUUUAGGUCUCCUGGAUUUCAAAUUCCUUCUCCGGGUCUCUUGAAAUAUUACUGCAAUAAGAAGUUUAAUGAAUCCCCAUGGGGUAGAAUAACUCCUAAUUUAUGAGUGAUGUAGCCUGCAUUCGUCUUCUUUGUCUCAGCGUCAGCACAUUCAUCAUAAAUAGAUUCCAUUGUUCGCAUGACUGAUGCAUACUGUACUGGCGUCAUUUGUCUCUCGUGCUCAACCCAAUUACCGCAGCAGAUAAUCAGGGUUUCCUUGGGAGCAAUGC